UUACGUGGUGACGUCAUUGACGGAAGCUCAGGCGGCAGCUGUGGAUUGAGGCUGCGGGUCACCCUUGGGGAGGUAUAUGAAGAUUCUCAUCCUAAUUUGAUUGGCUUCUUUUUUCACCAUGGGUGAGCUCUUCCGAAGUGAGGAAAUGACCCUUGCACAACUUUUUCUUCAGUCCGAAGCAGCAUACUGCUGUGUCAGUGAAUUGGGAGAACUUGGGAAGGUCCAGUUUCGAGAUCUAAACCCUGAUGUGAAUGUGUUCCAACGUAAAUUUGUUAACGAAGUCCGAAGAUGUGAAGAGAUGGACAGGAAGCUCAGAUUUGUGGAAAAAGAAAUUAAGAAGGCCAACAUUCCUAUCACAGACACCGGAGAGAAUCCAGAAGUGCCAUUUCCUCGAGACAUGAUUGACUUGGAGGCAAACUUUGAGAAAAUAGAGAAUGAGCUCAAGGAGAUCAACACCAAUCAGGAAGCCCUGAAAAGGAAUUUCCUAGAGCUAACAGAGUUGAAAUUCAUACUCAGAAAAACUCAACAAUUUUUUGAUGAGGCUGAAUUGCAUCAUCAGCAGAUGGCGGAUCCUGAGUUGUUGGAGGAGUCCUCGUCGCUGUUGGAACCAAGUGAAAUGGGAAGAGGGGCCCCACUGCGAUUGGGAUUUGUGGCUGGAGUGAUUAAUCGUGAGCGAAUCCCGACCUUUGAGCGGAUGCUAUGGAGGGUGUGUCGUGGAAAUGUUUUCUUACGACAAGCUGAAAUUGAAAAUCCUCUAGAGGACCCAGUAACGGGUGACUAUGUGCACAAGUCUGUGUUCAUUAUUUUUUUCCAAGGUGACCAGUUGAAAAACAGAGUCAAAAAGAUCUGUGAAGGAUUCCGGGCUUCUUUGUACCCCUGUCCAGAAACUCCACAGGAAAGGAAGGAAAUGGCUGUCGGAGUCAACACAAGGAUUGAUGAUCUUCUAAUGGUGCUGAACCAAACUGAAGAUCACCGUCAGAGGGUUCUUCAGGCUGCUGCAAAGAAUGUCCGUGUUUGGUUCAUAAAGGUGCGCAAGAUGAAAGCCAUUUACCAUACUCUGAACCUCUGCAACAUUGAUGUUACCCAGAAAUGCCUCAUUGCUGAAGUCUGGUGUCCUGUAGCUGACCUUGAUUCCAUUCAGUUUGCUCUCAGGCGUGGCACGGAGCACAGUGGAUCUACUGUCCCCUCUAUCCUGAAUAGGAUGCAGACCAACCAGACUCCACCUACAUACAAUAAGACCAACAAAUUCACUGAUGGGUUUCAAAACAUUGUAGACGCUUAUGGCAUUGGAACCUAUCGUGAGAUAAAUCCAGCUCCAUACACAAUCAUAACCUUCCCAUUCUUAUUUGCUGUGAUGUUUGGAGAUUUUGGACAUGGCAUUCUUAUGACACUUUUUGCUGUCUGGAUGGUAGUCAGAGAAAGCCGCAUUCUGUCACAAAAGAGUGAUAAUGAGAUAUUCAACAUUAUUUUCAGUGGCCGCUACAUUAUUCUGCUGAUGGGUUCUUUCUCCAUUUAUACUGGCCUGAUCUAUAAUGACUGUUUCUCAAAGUCACUCAAUAUGUUUGGCUCAUCCUGGAGUGUCCGGCCAAUGUUUCAGAAAUCCAACUGGACAGAAGAUCUUCUCAGGGAGUAUCCUAUGCUUCAGCUUAAUCCUGCCAUCGAUGGUGUCUUUGGUGGAGCAUAUCCCUUUGGCAUUGAUCCAAUCUGGAAUAUUGCUACCAACAAGCUGACAUUCCUUAACUCCUUCAAAAUGAAGAUGUCAGUAAUUCUGGGCAUCAUCCACAUGAUGUUUGGUAUCACCCUUAGUCUGCUGAACCAUAUUUAUUUUAAGAAACCUCUGAACAUCUUCCUUGGCUUUAUCCCUGAAAUUAUCUUCAUGUCUUCAUUGUUUGGAUAUUUGAUCAUCCUUAUCCUCUAUAAAUGGGCAGCAUACAAUGCUAAGAACUCCAUGCAUGCACCAAGUCUUCUUAUUCACCUCAUCAACAUGUUCCUCUUCUCCUAUGAAAAAAAUGCCCAAAUGCUUUAUAGUGGACAGAAAGGUAUUCAGUGUUUCCUGGUGGUAGUAGCAUUUCUGUGUAUCCCAUGGAUGCUGAUUGCUAAGCCCUUGAUUCUUCGCCAACAGUAUUUGCAAAGAAGGCAUUUGGGCACAAUCAAUUUUGGUGGGAUUCGAGUAGGCAAUGGACCAACUGAGGAAGAUGCCGAGAUAAUCCAGCAUGAUCAACUCUCCACCCAUUCUGAGGAGGGUGAAGAGUUUAAUUUUGGAGAUACCGUUAUCAAUCAGUCUAUCCAUACCAUUGAAUAUUGCUUAGGAUGCAUCUCCAACACAGCCUCAUACCUGCGUCUCUGGGCACUCAGUCUGGCUCAUGCACAGCUUUCUGAAGUCCUCUGGACCAUGGUGAUUCACUUGGGUCUCAGUAUCAGGAGUCUGGCUGGUAGUUUGGCCUUGUUCUUUUUAUUUGCUGUCUUUGCUACCCUAACAGUGGCCAUCUUAUUAGUCAUGGAAGGUCUUUCAGCUUUCCUGCAUGCUCUCCGUUUGCACUGGGUGGAAUUCCAGAAUAAAUUCUACAUGGGUACCGGGUUCAAGUUUCUCCCUUUCUCAUUUGACAGUAUCCGUGAUGGGAAAUUUGAUGAAUAAUCAUCUUGGAGACAUAAUACCUGGAAGUGUGGCACUAAAUCCAGACCUUUACUGCAUGCGUGUAUAGUUUUCCAUUGUGUCCAUAAUAUUCUAGUGAUAAUAAUUUGAUUUUAUUCAUUUAAAGUUUUUAUUGAAGGAAGAAAAUCCUAAGAGGAUACUCAGAGAAUUUCAGGGGUGGGGGGAUUGCUAGCAAAAUUAAACUGUACUUUUGGCAAGUUUUAGAUAAGUCUUUGGUUUUAUACCACAAGUGCUGACAGAGGAACGUUUGUGAUCAUUGAGAAAGAUGUCCUGGUGGUCUGAAGUUGUCUUGUUCCCCAAAACCAUGGUGUCUAAAAGAAAAAAAAAUUCAUGUUUCUAGUUCUAUUACUUCAGAUUUGGGGAAACACCUUUAUUACAUACAUUUGUUCUGACAACUUGAUGAUUAAAGGGGCUCGAUUAUUCAUCCAUCCAACACACUUUCCUUUAGACUUUCAAAAGGACAUUUAUAUUUCCUACAGAUUAAAUUUGCUAAGUACAAAAGUUGUAAUCGAAAAAACAGUCUUGUUUGCAAAUAACCUGCUUAAAUGCUAGUAUCCCUAUAUUUUUUUUCUCAGUUAAAUCAUAAAUCAAAGGGAUGACAAUGCACCAGAAAAACCCUUCACUAUCAUUUGACAGACAUUUUAAGCACUUGCCCCUGUGCAGGACUUUUUCCAUAUUUUAAAUGUAAUUUUAAUCCCUGAAAACCAUAUUUUUGGUAACAUUUGAAGGGUAAACUAGAAACCCCCCCCCCCCCCAAAAAAAACAACCCCCCCCCCCCAAACAAAAAACCUUUGCAUUUUGGUAUUGUCAGAAAUUUCUUUUCCUAGAUGAAAAGAGCAGGCCGAGGAGCAGCUUACUUGCUUACCCUGUUAUAGCUGGACUCUGUUUUGCUUUACAUGAUUAAUUAAUAAAACAUUUAAUAACACUGGCUAAAGCUCUGAACUGCUUGCUUUGUUCAAAGAAAACUCAGAAUCUUUCACCUCCAUUCUCACAUGACCUUGACAUCUAUUACUGCUGUAAGGAAAAACUUGGCUAUUCUUGACACAUCUAGAGCUGAACAAUUCAAGGGAGUGUGGUAACUUUACAGGAGCAGUAGUAGCAAUAUAUAUGUUUUUAGGACAGAUUCACCUUGAAAAUAGGAAUUGCUUGAGGGUAACACCUGCCUUCUGUUUGUGUGUGUUUAGAUACAGGAAUGAAUAUAGCAUUGUAUGGCUCUGUAAGAUGUAAAUUUAUGCUGUGGGUGUCGUGUUGUGUUGUGUUAAAUAAAUGUGCACUUUUUUGAAAAUCUUUCACGUGCAGGCUUCAGGGCACUUCAUUGGCACUUAAAGAAUGAUCUUUGAUUUGACGUGUUAACCUUACAAGAGGGUGUAAAAUCAACACUUUUUAUUGGAAACUGAAAUUAUAGCUGUUGCUAUUGUGUAAAAUGCAAAAAAAACCCGUUUUGACAACUAUAAUAUGCAGUAAAGUUUUCCGUAUUUUCCUCAUCAGCUAAUUGUUGUUAUCUAUUAAAACAGUUGAAGUCA